AUGACCGCGCGGCGCGUUGAGCGGUUCAGCUCCGUGCUUUCAGCUGGUGUUGAAGCAUCGAUCGCGUGCUUUGAGUCCUCCGAUCGCAGGGAAGAGUUGGCAGAGCUACGGAGAAAGUCCUCUGUUGCCCAGGCCCAACUGGAAGCUGCCGGGGAGCAAGCCAAGGAGGUCGAGUCGUUGAGGGCGGAGUUGACGGAGCUGCGGCAAGAGUCAGCAGUUGCCAAGACCCAACUGGAAGCUGCCGGGGAGCAAGCCAAGGAGGUCGAGUCGUUGAGGGCGGAGUUGACGGAGCUGCGGCAAAAGUCAGCAGUUGCCAAGACGCACCUGGAAGCUGCCGAGGAGCAAGCCAAGGAGGUCGAGUCGUUGAGGGCGGAGUUGACGGAGCUGCGGCAAAAGUCAGCAGUUGCCCAAACCCAACUGGAAGCUGCCGGGGAGCAGGCCAAGAAGGUUGAGUCGUUGAGGACGGAGUUGACGGAGCUGCGGCAAAAGUCAGCAGUUGCCCAGGCCCAACUGGAAGCUGCCGGGGAGCAGGCCAAGAAGGUCGAGUCAUUGAGGGCAGAGCUGCAAGAGCUCAAGCACAAGCCGGAGGUAGAUCAGGAGGCUUUGCGGGCGAAGGAUCGCGCGGCGGCGGUAGCGGAGCUGCACGGCCAGGCAACGCACGCGGCGCUGUCGCGACGGGAGGAGGCCUCGCGCCGGUGCUUCGCCUCGCAGCUGGCAGCCCACUACGAGCAGCUGCUGGUCUUGGCGCUGCGUGCCUGGCGAGGCGCCACCGCCCAGGAGUUGUCCCUAAGGGAUGCCGCGGCAGAAGUUGAGCAGUUGAGGCGAGAAAUGCAGGGCUUGAAGCAGGACCUCGCCCACAAGGCCCAGCCCUCGAAGGUGGUAGAACCCGAGGCGGCGGACUUCGUGUGGCAAUUCCUCGAGGCACCGAAUCCGCUGCCCGACGUGGUCGCAGGGGCCUCCACGGAGACCGUUGGCUUGCCCAAGCCUACAGACUUCGCGGAGAGCGCAGUCCAGCUGGCACUGCUGCGAAGGGAAGAGGCGCAGCGGCGGCUCUUGGCAUCGCUGCUGUCCUCGCAGCUGGUGGCCGUGUUGAGCCUGGCCUUCCGGGCCUGGCAAAACGCCCAGGAUGCCUCCGGCAUGGAGAGGCAGGCGCUUCUGCAAAAGGAUGAGCUGCAGAAGCUGAGGACGCAGCUCGAGCAACAGAAGGAAGCGCCGAGCGCGUUGCGGUACCUGCACCGCGCCUUCGCAGCCUGGCGCGAAGAUCAGGCUGCCGAGGCCUUGGAGCGCCUGGCCGCGCAGCACGCCAGGGAGCUGGAGCUGCAAAGGGCAGAGCUUGCGAGGCCGACAGAAAACGAGGCCACUCAGCGCCUCACACGGGCCGCAGACACGCGGGCCAUGCAGGAGGAGGCGGAGCGGGAGAGGCUGCUGCUGGUGUCCUUCCUUACCUGGCGGGAGGACAAGGUCGCCAACGCUGCGACUUUGGCCGCCCAGCGCCAUGGCAGGGAGAUGGACCGCCUUAGGACGCAGCUGCAGUCACAAACCGCAGGGCUCUCGGAUUGUACGCCGGAGAGCCGUGAGGAGAAGCGACUCAGGGCUGAGCUCGCGGAGCUCAAGAGCAGGGAGGAAGCCUUCAUCCUGCAGACUCAAAGGGACAAGGAAGCCGAGAAGGCGGCGCUUUGCGACCGCGCCGCGGAGCUGGCCAUGGCGCGGCGUGAGGAGGCUGCCCGGGGUUUGCUGAGCAGCCUGCUGGCUUGGCGCCUGGAGAGCCUCUUGUCCGACGCCUUCGGGGCAUGGCAAAGCCUCCAGGGCGCGCGAAAGCGUGAGGAGCAGUCCAGAGAGGUGGCGGAGCUCAGGUCAGCGCUGCAAGCUGCGCAGACGUCGAACCUUCGCCGCGAGGAGGCGCGGCUGCGGGAGGAGCAGUCCAAAGAAGUCGCAGAGCUGAGGCCAAAGUCAAAGCUAUCGGCAACGACACCCGCUGGCGACGAGGCUGCCCGAGAAGCUGCGGAAUCCAGCCGCUUCGCGCUGGAGGAAAUGGCGGUGGCCCUGUUCUACCAGCAGCGCGCUGGGGCCAUGUCCAAGGCUCUGAGCUUCGCGCUAUGCGGUCAGCUGGAGCUGUUCCUCGCUGGGGCGUUCUUGGAGUGGCGCCGCGCAGUGCUGGACGAGCGCAAGGGCCGUCAGCGAGCAGUCUCGCUGGAGUCCGUGGAGCAGUUCAUUGCCCCGCCGCAUGCGCCAAACCAAUUGGCGGUGCCUGCGGCAUCUCCUUCACCCUCCAGGAGCAGCAGCAAGAACGAAGCCGCCAGAUGGGAGGAUUGGGACAUGGACCCGGACUACGAACCGGAGCUCUGA